AUGGCUCCGUGGCCAAACAAGAACGGCUCUCUGGCUUUGUGGUCAGAUGCCCCGACACUGGACCCCAGUGCAGCCAACACGAGUGGGUUGCCAGGGGUGCCAUGGGCAGCGGCAUUGGCUGGGACGUUGUUGGCGCUGGCCACGGUGGGAGGCAACCUGCUGGUAAUCGUAGCCAUAGCCCGCACGCCGAGACUCCAGACCAUAACCAACGUGUUCGUGACUUCGCUGGCCACAGCUGACUUGGUCGUGGGACUCCUGGUAAUGCCACCGGGGGCCACUUUGGCGCUGACUGGCCAUUGGCCCUUGGGCGCAACUGGAUGCGAGCUGUGGACGUCGGUGGACGUGCUCUGUGUAACCGCCAGCAUCGAGACCCUGUGCGCCCUGGCUGUGGACCGCUACCUGGCUGUCACCAACCCUCUGCGUUAUGGCACGCUGGUUACCAAGCGCCGAGCCCGGGCGGCGGUGGUCCUUGUGUGGAUCGUGUCCGCCACGGUGUCCUUUGCGCCCAUCAUGAGCCAGUGGUGGCGCGUGGGGGCGGACGCCGAGGCGCAGGAGUGUCACUCCAACCCGCGCUGCUGUUCCUUCGCCUCCAACAUGCCCUACGCGCUGCUCUCCUCCUCCGUCUCCUUCUACCUUCCGCUCCUAGUGAUGCUCUUCGUCUACGCGCGCGUGUUCGUCGUGGCUAAGCGCCAACGGCGUUUGCUGCGCCGGGAGCUGGGCCGCUUCCCGCCCGAGGAGUCUCCGCAGGCUCCGUCGCGCUCUCCGUCCCCUGGCACCGGCGGGACAAGCGCGGCUCCGGAUGGAGUGCCCUCCUGCGGCCGACGGCCCGCGCGCCUCCUGCCGCUCCGGGAGCACCGCGCCCUGCGCACCUUAGGUCUCAUCAUGGGCAUCUUCACUCUGUGCUGGCUGCCCUUCUUCCUGGCUAACGUGCUGCGCGCCCUCGCGGGGCCCUCUCUAGUUCCCAGCGGGGUUUUCAUCGCCCUCAACUGGCUGGGCUAUGCCAACUCCGCCUUUAACCCGCUCAUCUACUGCCGCAGCCCGGACUUCCGCGACGCUUUCCGCCGCCUUCUGUGCAGCGGCGGUGGCCGCGGGCGGGAGGAGCCACGCGCUGUCCCCUUCCCAGCCGGUCCCGCGGGAGCCGCAGCGGCUCGAGCCAGCUCAGCCGAAUCCAAGCAGAGCCGGCCGCUCCACAGGUUUGGCGGCUAUGAAGGUGAGCGGCCAUUCCCCACAUGAAGGACCACCGAGAGCCGGCCAGAAACCUAGUGAGUCCCCGUGCAGAAAACCUCAGCUCUCGAGAGCCUGCUGAAGAGACUGCGAGAUGUGAAGGGGAACUCUUACCAAGUGGGCCUCACUUUUCUAAGACCCACCUUGAACUUCACUACUACCUCAGCAGCUGAGAUGCCAGGCCGCCUGUGCCCGGCUGCCCUGGAAGCAGCCCUAUGGCUUUGGAGGGAUGCCCAUCAUUCUGCUUGUGUGUGUGCUGUGUGCUUUGGGCAAAGAAAGCACCCCACCUACCUCCCUUCUUUCUGCUUUCCUGACCCCAAGAAGCGGCUGCUGGUUCUCUCGGCUCUGUGUCUCUGGUUAGUUUGAGGGCAGGAAGCCAGGAGAAAACAACAGUUUGAGAUUUUUGUCCCUGUCCCCUCACUAUGACUCUCUAAGCACCAUCUUAGACCAUCUCUCACACUUGGUACAAAACAGCUCUGAUCUACCUCAUAGUCAGGACGUCAAGGUUUGG